GCCAUUUGCGUCCAUUUACAGCUAGGAAUAAGUUUCAAGUUUCAAGAGACCGAGAACGGAAAGAAGGCGGCCAAGAGAGUCGAAGAUCCUUCCUGUUCGAUGGCUGAGACCUCACCCGAUGCAAAACUUCUGAGAAAAAUCUCGGACGCGUUCAAAGAGCUCGCGGACAUUGUCAAUUCCCAAAGUUCGGAUGUCGAGGUUGCUUCUUUCUCUCGGGCCUCUUCUCUUGUCUCUCCUCUCUUUGGUUGCUUGGGCAUCGCCUUCAAGUUUGCCGAGAUGGAUUACGUUGCCAAGGUUGAUGAUCUAGUUGAGGCAUCAAAGUCUAUUCGGACCUUACAAUCUAUGAUUGAUCGGGAUGUACAAGCUAAUACUGUGAGGAGAGCAGGUAGCCAUACAAGAAAUCUUCUUAGAGUAAAACGUGGACUCGACAUGGUCAGGUUGCUUUUUGAGCAGAUUAUGGUUUCAGACGGGAAUUCCCUCAAAGAUCCAGCUUCCAAGGCUUACGCAGAGGUAUUUGCUCCCCAUCAUGGCUGGGCUAUCAGGAAGGCUGUUGCUGCUGGGAUGUACGCCCUUCCCACAAAGCAACAACUCUUGAGAAAACUCAAUGAGGAUGAGUCGUCAGCAAGGAUCCAAAUGCAAAAUUAUGUAACAGCAUCGGCACCUUUGAUCCAAUACAUUGAUAAACUCUUUCUAUCGAGGGAAUUGGGUAUUGAUUGGUGAAUCUUGGACUGUAUUGUGUUUAUAUCUACUAUAAAUACAAUGUGAUUCAAUAAUUUAUUUACUGAAGAAAAGUUAUGCCUUUAUAUUGCUAA